AUUGGAUUGCAGACUGAGUUGUCCUAAACGCGAUUCCUGCGUCAAUGUCCACAUUUUGUGUGCAGACAUCAACUGGCGCAGCGAAACAUUCUGGGAGAUCGAAGUGCGCAGGUCCACGCGGCUUUCAUUGAUUCCGCUGGCUGUUCGAGCGAUGGCAAUGUUCAACUCUAGAACCUUUCUAGUAGGCUGUCGCAUCCCCAUCUCGGGUCUUACGCCUUGUACAGGAUAGCGAUGAAAGCUUCUAGCGCGUUUGCUCGGUUGAUAUGUGCAUGGGCUCGGUCGCUUUCGGAGAUUCGCUCUGGACGACAUCCAGGAUCAACUGGUCUUGGCCUUUGCUUGCUAGCUGCUGCGAAGGAUUUCUCUCGGUUUACCAAUUGUGCUGUUUGCCGGGCGUGUUUAAAGCUUCCCUUGCUAUAUUUGACCUCGAAUGCGCCAUUGCCACACCUGAGCGGGAAAGGAAAACUCCCAAGAGAAAGAAACGCGAGCGUUUCAGAUCGCCCAGGGAGGAAGACCGAAAGCGUCUGCGUAUGUUGGAACGGCAAAACCAAAUGUUGUCCGAACAUCUUCGACGUCAGACCAACACAGACUGCGAUUCUUGCUCGUCCUCAGCAGUUCCCAACUUUUCCAAAUGCGUUUGAUGCAUAUAUCAAUCCACAGUACAGCACCGAUCAACGCCCCCACUGGCGUUUAGCAGCGGAUGCUCAGGAGAAAACACUGCAUUGUUGGGAGGCGGAGUUGUUACAGCGACAGAGAUCCGGGUUGGGGUCCCGUGCCAGUACCAAAAUUCCCUACAGACGAUGGGUUGCUGCUAUCACUGUCAAGCCGCGGGUGUGUCUUGCGUGCGAUCCCUAAGAGCAGUCACAAGACGCAGUCUACUGCCGAAAGGCUCUCUGUGAUUAUCCGUCUCAGAUACACCCAGGUAACCUCCAGCGUACGUCGUUUCGAUGGGCUUGCUUCUUCUUGACUGCUGCUACCCCAUGUAGCAGUGUGGGCUCUAGUCGCGCUGUAGUCUGACUGGCUUGAUAUAC